CAAGGUUAAGAGCCUUGCGCUCUACCAACUGAGCUAGACGGGCAAUUUGCAACAUUAUUCUAUCCUGUUCAAUCCAUUUUUCUAGUUUCUUAUUGCUGGUGCUGCCUAAUGGCAAUAGGCGGAACAGUUGCCGGUAUGUACACGCGUUCUCCACCACUCUCUUCCUUCACCCCCACGCGCCUCUUCUCACGCUCUCAUUUCGCUGCAAAGCUUCGAUUUCCUCCUUCAAUUCGACUUCGUGCUUCUUCUACUGCCGUCAUCGACACCGAAACCAAUCCAACAGAAUCCGUCGUAGUUGAAAAGGAAGUGAGGAAUAGCAGCAACCCGUUGGCUUGUCCCGUGUGUUAUGAUUCCUUGACAUGGAAUGGUGGUCCUGGUUUCUCCGUAGAUACAAUCAGCGGGUCUAAUUUUCAAUGUGGCACAUGUCAGAAAACAUAUGUUGGUAACCAAACUCACAUUGAUCUCACCGCAACAGGUGGAGCUAAGAGCUACGGUGAAGUGAUGCCAGUUUCCACAGAGCUUUUCAGGGUGCCAUUGAUAUCAUUUCUCUAUGAGAGGGGCUGGCGUCAAACCUUUUCUGUGUGGGGUGGUUUUCCAGGUCCUGAGAAAGAGUUUGAAUUGAUGAAGGGUUUCCUAAAACCAGUAUUGGGAGGAAAUAUAGUUGAUGCUAGUUGUGCAAGUGGAUUAUUUUCAAGAUUAUUCGCAAAAAGUCAACUGUUUUCUUUUGUUGUUGCUCUAGACUACUCGGAAAACAUGUUACAGCAAUGUUAUGAAUUCAUUCAGCAGGAAGAGAACUUCCCAAAAGAGAACUUAAUCUUGGUUAGAGCAGACAUAUCUAGGCUCCCCUUUGUUUCUAAUUCUAUUGAUGCUGUGCAUGCUGGCGCCGCUCUACACUGUUGGCCUUCACCAUUGGCAGCUGUUGCUGAAAUAAGUCGUGUUUUACGACCUGGAGGCGUAUUUGUUGCAACCACCUACAUACUUGAUGGUCCUUUUUCUAUUAUCCCAUUUCGAAGUAUAUUACGGCAGAAUCUAAGGCAAGCAUCUGGGAGCUACAGCUUUCUCUCUGAACGUGAGCUUGAAGAUCUCUGCAGGGCGUGUGGGCUGGUUGGGUUUAAAUGCAUUAGAAAUGGGCUUUUUGUGAUGAUCUCUGCUAGAAAGCCCAGUUAAAGUUUGAGCUUCGGGUGCUCUGUUUGCUGCCUUGUACACAUUUUGCUGAAGCCUGUAUAUUCUUUCCAUAAUCAAAAUUUUCAAAGGUAAGCAGACAAAAUGGUGCAUGUUAAUCUGAUUAAAUUUGUGGUUUGACUUGGUAAUUAAUUAGGCUUCACAAUAA